AUGCUGGCAAUUUAUGUAGGCUGGAGGCAUCCAAGCACUGGCAAUGUUGUCACCUUUACGACUAAAUACGGGACAGUGCACACGGCUGAUGCUGGUGAAUACAACAAGCUUUAUGAGGGGAUGGCCAAGUCCCUGAAGGAUAAUCCUGGCGACAUAACAGUUAAACUUACUUCUUUUGCGAGAUUGAUUGAUGGCCAGAUGAAAAACUUCUACCUCGUUGAGGAGGAGAAGUACAUAGAUGAUGAAGGUAGGGUUUGGACUGAGGAUGAGCUGUAUGCUCUUCCGAGGGAAUAG